AUGCCUUCUCCAUCUGAAAUCAGUCGACCUAGAAGAAACAAAACCCCUUGUCUCACUCCCACCUCCAUUGAUGGACCGGAACUUCCUCUUCCUCGUUGUGACAAUCGUCCAGCUUCUUCUCCCGACUUAAAGGCUCUAUCUUUGAGUGUUGACUUCCGUGGGUGGAGGUUUGCAAGCAAGAAAUUCAGGCACUGGGCUCAUAAACUGUCUAAAACGCACGAACCGACUUGGAAAAAAGCUGGGAUUUUCGAAGCAAUCAUGGCAUCCACCAAGAAAAUCCAUAAAGACACGUCCCUUGUCCUCGCUGUUGCUGAGAAAUGGUGUCCUCGAACCAAGUCUUUCCUUUUUCCUUGGGGAGAAGCAACCAUAACGUUACAGGAUGUAAUGUUGCUUCUAGGGAUCGCUCUUGCUCCAGCAGUUCUUGCUCACUUGUAUGCAGAGCUAACUCUCUUGAGAGACCACAUUAGAGCUUUCGACCGAUCGGAUUUUCCCCUCAAGACUGAUCUGAGUGCCUUGUUUAAGCUGGUUCAAGUCUGGACUUGGGAGAGAUUUAGGAAACUACAGCCUCCGAAACCUAAUCCAAUGCUUCUUGGUGAGCCAAGAUUGGCUCUUUGGCAUGACCUGAAACAGAGAGCGAGGGAUGCAAGGAAGAUUCUGAAAAACUCGAAAAUUGACGGUUUUGAGUGGCGUCCUUACACAAAAGUUGUGAAAAACUGGGAAUAUCCUCGGUUAAUUUCGCAGAGAGAGGUGUUUGCUCGCUGUACCAAGGUGUCUAAGCUUGUUGGAAUUGGUUAUGUGGAACAUUAUCUUCCCAAUCGGGUGGCUUCACAGUUCGGGAUGGUUCAGGAUGUUCCUUGUCUUGUUAACCGGAAGAAUCUCUCACCGGAGGCAGCUUUGAAAGGUGAGAAAUCAAGAAACGAGAGAGGCAAGUCCAUGAAGCGACCUCGUGAAGAUGAUGAGAGUACUAUGGUUCGCUGUCAGACGCAAAUUCCAUCAGACAAUGAUGAUGAAGCAGAUGAUGAUAAACUCACCUUUUCUCAAAGGUUAAAAAGAAGAUUUAGCGAGGCGUAUAGUGGAGGAGAUGCUUAUGAAACUGUACCACCACAUGAAAUAGAGCAAAGAAAUGAAGAUACCGGCGAAACAGGAAGCAAAGCAGGGAUGAGUAUGGUGCUGAGCCCAUCUGAUGAAAACAACUUUUCAGAUCCUCCUGCUGGUUUUGAUGGAGCACUUGACAUUGGUCUGUCACCACCAGAGACAAUGCAAGCUUGUGAUGAUGCUGACCUUGAUGUACAUGGAACCAAUGCAGAUAAGGAGACUAUGCUCGUUGAUGGCAGCAAGGAACCAGACUGUUUGCUCCAUAAAGAUGGUGGCAUUGUAGGAGCUGAUGCAUAUGAAACUGUACCACAAACAGAGCAAAUGAAUGAAGAGACUGAUGAAGGCGGGAAGGAAGCAAAGAGAGCGAUGAAACGGAGGAACAUGGCAUCAGCUUGUUUAAUCUAG